AUGAUUUACCUGGCUCGGCGGCUAUUUGGCUUGGCUGCCUUUGGCCGUGGCAGCCCUAUGCGUCUAGAAGCACUCCCCCAUUAUGCAGAGAGUGUGCUACGGCCUUCUGGCCAUGGCCAAUUGCCACUUCUCACCAGCCUCUACCAGGCGGAGGGUUUUGGGAGCCCUUCGCCAUGGCUAAUGCCCAUGGCUGGAAGUAGCCCCGCCCCUCUUGCUAGCAAGUCUGAAAGACGUAUCAAAGCAGUGGUCGACGGCAGUAAAUGGCAAUUCUGUACACUGGGUGUCUGGUUGCCUGGAUGUUCUGUGGCAAGCGAGCGGCCUGGCGAGGCUGGCUACUCUGCACUGUUUGCCCGCCUAGCACAAACAUGCACAGCUAAAUCGGGAGCUACUGAGUGGAACAAUCGGUGUUCUCUUGCUCUUGCUUCGUCACUCCAUGUGGUGCCAUCGCGUGACGGGCUCUUCAUGGGCUGCCUCGUUGCACCUGAAAAGCUUCCUGAGGCUCUCGAUGCGCUCAUGGAGGCCGUCCUUUUUCCGGCUCUCGAACCUUCAACGGCAGAUCAGAAGCUUUUGACCGAAACGCGCGACAUCGAAAUGCGGCGAAUGGUUGAGGAAACACCGGACGUCUUUAUGCAGGAGCUGCUCUACUUGCAGAUGUUCUCUGCAAAGGGAUUGGGAAAUUCAAUCUUGGCACAAGGUGAAGCGGCCACACAAUCUUAUGGAAGCUUUUGUGCCAAGGCAACGACAGGAAUGGUUGUCGGGCUCUCCGGCGGCCAUUUCUCCGCAGAUGACUUUGCGCAGAUGCUGAGCGAACGCUCUGGCGGUCUUGAGGUUGUUCUUGGUGGGAAGGAACAUCCUGUUGCCCCAAUUGAAUCUGUUGGCUCUGGACCGUUAUUUAUUGAGGAUUCGUGUUUUGGGGAGAGCUUUGCACUUGCCUCGGCCAAUCGCUGGCACGGCAAAACACACUUUAUCAUCGGCUGGCCCACAGGCCCAUCUUCCUGCAUCCGCCAGGCAACAGUCCCACAAGCCCUUACAGCUGCAAUGCUUGGCGGCGGCUCUGCCUUUUCUGCUGGAGGCCCCGGAAAAGGUCUCUAUUCGCGCCUUUACUGCGAGCUGCUUAAUCGCUAUGCAUGGAUUGAGGAUGCACAUUGCAUGUUCCAGUCGCACAGCACUGCUGGUUGGCUCGGCAUAUAUCUAGCCGUUGAGCAGCGCUGGGAGCCUGCCGCUGUGGAAAUCGCCAUCCGCCAGCUUGUGCGCCUUCAUUGUGCCGUUGAUGACGUCCAAUGGCGCCGAUCAAAGAACCGAUUGAAAUCGAUGCUAUUAAUGGGUAUUGAGUCGAGACUUGCCCAUCUUGAGGCACUCCUCAGGGCGCGUAUGACGCUUUCCCCAGAAACGCACUUUCCUGAUGGUCUUCUCCACUCAAUUGACGCCUUUUCUUUAGCCGAUCUCCGACAAUUUCGCGACCGGUUGCUUGGAAAAGGACGCAUGUUGCCUACUCUCGCUGCUGCUGGCGAGGACCUUUCUGCUUUCCCCACUUUCUCGGACUCUCUUGGCAUGCUCGAGGCUGCACUUGCCAGGGCUUGA